GCUUCGCUAGGCACGCCUUGGUGGGCAAUCGAGCUGCGAGUGAUCGAUACCCCGGCAAGCCUCUGACUACUCGGAGAGAGCCGGAGCGUUCGAUUCUCAACGGACAAGUCGUCGCCGCACUCCGGGGACUCGACACCGUCCAAAUCUGAGCCAGCACCCUUCAGACUGAGCUGCCUGGCCCAAUGGCGGGGCCCAGUGCGCUCUGGGAGGCCCUCCAGGCCCUCCUGCCCCACACGAAAGAGGAGCUGAAGCUGGAGCUGGGAGAGAAGGUGGAGGGCAGCGUGGUGAUGCUGCUGCAGGAAGCCGCUGAGCUCUUCCAUGGGGGCCAGCGGCGCGAGUGUCUGCAGACCUGCGAGGUGCUCCUGGACUACUCCUGGGAGAAGCUGAACACGGGGCCCUGGCAGCACGUGGACAAGGACUGGCGGCGGGUGUACGCCUUCGGCUGCCUCCUGAAAGCCGUGUGUCUGUGCGAGCCGCCUGGGGACGCUGCCUCCGUGGCCGCCGCCCUGAAAGCCUGCGACAUGGGCCUGCUGAUGGGGGCGGCCAUCCUCGGGGACAUCCUCCUCAAAGUUGCCGCCAUCCUCCAGAAGCACCUGCUGUCCGGAAAGAGGCCUGCCUCCGGCCCGAGCCAGGAGCUGCCCAGCAUAAAGAAAGCGAGGGAUGACCAUGUGCCGAUUCCAGAUGUGACAACAGAAAGAACAGUGCCCCGGCUUCACUGUCCAUCCCUCCAGUAUUUCAAGAAGCAUUUUUUGGUUCCAGGGAGGCCUGUGAUUUUGGAAGGCGUGGCCAACCACUGGCCAUGCAUGAAGAAGUGGAGUCUGGAGUACAUCCAGGAAGUUGCUGGCUGCCGCACCGUCCCCGUGGAGGUCGGGUCCAGGUACACGGAUGAGGAGUGGUCCCAGACGCUCAUGACAGUCAACGAGUUCAUCAACAAGUACGUCAGGAAUGAGCCAAAGGACGUCGGGUACCUUGCUCAGCACCAGCUCUUUGACCAGAUCCCGGAGCUGAAGCAGGACAUCAGCAUCCCCGAUUACUGCUGCUUGGGCGACGGGGAGGAAGAGGAGAUCACCAUCAACGCCUGGUUCGGUCCACAAGGCACCGUCUCCCCGCUCCACCAGGAUCCCCAGCAGAACUUCCUAGUCCAGGUGAUGGGCAGGAAGUACAUCCGGCUGUACUCCCCACAGGAGUCGGAGGCGCUGUACCCCCACGACACGCACCUUCUUCACAACACGAGCCAGGUGGACGUGGAGAACCCCGACCUGGAGAAGUUCCCCAGGUUUGCCGAGGCCCCCUUCCUGUCCUGCGUCCUGUCCCCGGGCGAGGUCCUCUUCAUCCCAGUGAAGCACUGGCAUUACGUGCGGGCCCUGGACCUGAGCUUCUCCGUCAGCUUCUGGUGGUCGUAGCCGAGAGCAGGGGGCCGGGCACACAGAACGCACUCGUGGUCACACGCAUCCUUCACACUGUGCCCGGCCCAGGGACCAGCUGCCUAAGGACACCUUCGUCAGAGACACUCAGGCCCAGGGGUGGCCCGGCUGCUGUGGGAGGCAGGUGGGACCCCGGAAGGACAGUCCAGGUCCACAACCCGCAUGGAAGCGCCUGGGCUCCGAGCUGGCUGCCUGGACUCAGGCCCGGCCCUGCCGCUGGACAGCUGUGUGGUUUGGAGCAGGCAGCUCUGCUUUGCGCGUCUCCAUCUGGCAAACAGGGUGGCGCUGGUCCUCCCCAGCGGGCUCCAGGGAUGGGGCACGGGCGGAGCUGUGCUGCAGACCUCAGCGGCUGUCACCAGGCUUCAUCAUUAGUUCAGUUGUUAACACCGUUCUGUGCUGACUGGUCCGUCAGGACAGCCACAACCUGCGGGCUCUGGAGCGCGGUGGCCAUGGCCUGGUUACAGGGGCGGGGAUCCUCAGUGUCUUGCUCAGCUCAGGCCUUUGCUGGGCGGUGGGAAGUCUGGGGUGGUUUCUGUCUCUGUUACCGAAGUGUAACCUGCCUUCAGAGAAGUGCUCACCCCCGCUCGCUUGGUGGAUUUUCCACUCCACACCCUCCCACCGACCAGUUUCCAGUCAAGAAACAGAACGUCUGGUAGGCCACCCUCCUGCCCCUUGCUGUCUCCAUCAUCCAGGGGUCACUACUCUCCGAAGAGGGUUUUAGGUCAGGAGAGACCUUCAGACUUUGCAUAAACACAUUUGUUUCGGUUGUAUAAAA